GACGUUCCGGCCACUAUGGCGUCGGAAGGUGGCGGCGACUCGCAGCUGCGGAGGCGAAGGCGCCGGGAAUCGGAGGAACCGGAGAAAACGGAGCGCAGCGAGAGAGAGCUGACAGUGGUAGUGGCGGUGGCCCAGGAGAACGAAGAGGGGGAUGAGGAGCGCUGGGUCGGGCCUUUACCUGUAGAGGCGACGCUGGCCAAGAAGAGGAAAGUUCUAGAGUUUGAAAGAGUCUAUCUUGAAAAUCUCCCCAGUGCAUCUAUGUAUGAACGCAGUUACAUGCACAGAGAUGUUAUCACCCAUGUGGUAUGCACCAAGACAGACUUUAUUAUUACUGCCAGUCAUGAUGGACACGUUAAGUUCUGGAAGAAAAUAGAAGAGGGAAUUGAAUUUGUUAAACAUUUUCGUAGUCACCUGGGAGUUAUUGAGAGUAUUGCAGUUAGCUCUGAGGGAGCAUUGUUCUGUUCUGUGGGUGAUGAUAAAGCAAUGAAGGUGUUUGAUGUAGUGAACUUUGACAUGAUCAAUAUGCUGAAGCUUGGCUAUUUUCCUGGACAGUGUGAGUGGAUCUAUUGCCCAGGGGAUGCGAUAUCUUCAGUUGCUGCUUCUGAGAAGAGCACAGGAAAAAUUUUUAUUUAUGAUGGUCGAGGAGACAACCAGCCACUUCAUAUUUUUGACAAACUCCAUACGUCACCUCUUACUCAGAUACGGCUGAAUGCAGUUUACAAAGCAAUAGUGUCUUCUGAUAAAUCUGGAAUGAUUGAAUACUGGACUGGGCCUCCUCAUGAAUAUAAGUUCCCCAAAAAUGUGAACUGGGAAUAUAAAACUGACACAGAUUUAUAUGAAUUUGCCAAGUGCAAGGCUUAUCCAACCAGUAUAUGUUUUUCACCUGAUGGGAAGAAAAUAGCUACUAUUGGUUCUGAUAGAAAAGUUAGAAUUUUCAGAUUUUUGACUGGAAAACUCAUGAGAGUCUUCGAUGAAUCACUAAGUAUGUUUACUGAACUGCAGCAGAUGAGGCAACAGCUACCCGACAUGGAAUUUGGCCGACGAAUGGCUGUUGAACGUGAGUUGGAGAAGGUGGAUGCAGUAAGAUUAAUUAACAUAGUUUUUGAUGAAACUGGACACUUCGUGCUGUAUGGGACAAUGCUAGGCAUUAAAGUUAUAAAUGUAGAAACAAACCGGUGUGUGCGCAUCUUAGGCAAGCAAGAAAAUAUCAGAGUGAUGCAGUUGGCUUUGUUCCAGGGAAUAGCUAAAAAACAUCGUGCUGCAACUACCAUAGAAAUGAAAGCAUCUGAAAACCCCGUUCUUCAGAAUAUUCAAGCUGACCCAACAAUAGUUUGUACAUCUUUCAAAAAGAACAGAUUUUAUAUGUUUACCAAACGAGAACCAGAAGAUACAAAAAGUGCAGAUUCUGACAGAGAUGUUUUUAAUGAGAAACCUUCUAAAGAAGAAGUCAUGGCAGCUACUCAAGCUGAAGGACCUAAACGAGUUUCAGACAGUGCCAUUAUCCACACAAGUAUGGGAGACAUCCACAUCAAACUUUUUCCUGUUGAGUGCCCUAAGACAGUGGAAAACUUCUGUGUUCAUAGCAGAAAUGGUUAUUAUAAUGGACAUACAUUUCACCGUAUAAUUAAGGGCUUCAUGAUUCAGACAGGAGACCCAACAGGUACUGGUAUGGGAGGAGAAAGCAUAUGGGGAGGAGAAUUUGAAGAUGAAUUUCAUUCAACAUUACGACAUGACAGACCAUAUACGCUCAGCAUGGCCAACGCUGGAUCAAAUACUAACGGAUCCCAGUUUUUCAUAACAGUAGUACCAACGCCUUGGCUUGAUAAUAAGCACACAGUGUUUGGACGAGUGACUAAAGGAAUGGAAGUUGUACAAAGGAUCUCCAAUGUCAAAGUCAAUCCCAAAACAGAUAAGCCCUAUGAGGAUGUCAGCAUCAUAAAUAUUACUGUCAAGUAAAAUAAGGUUUGUUUCAUUGUAUAUGUAAAUAAAAAUACACAUAUAUCAAAUAGGUUUAUUUUACAUUAGGAAGUUCUUAGGACUUGUUGGACAUACAAAUCAUGUUUCGGGGGAUCCCUGGGUGGCGCAGCGGUUUAGCACCUGCCUUUGGCCCAGGGCGCGAUCCUGGAGACCCGGGAUCGAACCCCACGUCGGGCUCCCGGUGCAUGGAGCCUGCUUGUGUCUCUGCCCCCCUCCCCUCUCACUAUCAUAAAUAAAUAAAUAAAAAUUUAAAAAAAAAAGCCUUCAGUGGAAAAAAAAAACAAAUCAUGUUUCAAGGAUGCAAGAUUAUGUUUUUAUAUUUUUCAUUAAAAGUCCUUUUUUAAAACUCUGCCUAUGGUUUUCCUUGUAGUAUUUCUCAUCCUAGGAGAUAAUAAACUGAAAUGGACUAAAUUUGGGCAAACAGCACUCCUUAUAUGUAAUUAUCCUUGAGACUCAAAACCAUAUUGAGUAAUGAGAAUUGUAUGCAUAUGUUCCUUAGGUUUUUAAAAACAUGGUACAUAAUCUGCCUUCAUGUUUCUUUGGAUCCACUAAGAAAGGAUACCAGGAUCUGAUAAUAAUGUACCACUUCCUUUCUUUUCUUAGGUUUGUGUUUUGUGCCAAAUAAUUUUGCCUUUUAAUCAUUGUUAAAAAGAGUAAGUAGAAGUAAGUAAAAUUUCAGGAAAUAAAUAGCAAGUUGUAGUUUAUUAAAGAUUUAGAAAUAGCUCUGUAGUUCUAGGUAAGUCACAUUUAAAUGAGUAUUACACCUGGUGUUUAAGUAUCAGAAUAAAGUAGUAUUUCAGUCCUUAGUUUUAUAUACAGGUUCAUUUACUAUUUUCACAUUAUUUUCCUCAUAUAGCUACAUUCAAAUUUUCUGUCCUCAAAUAAUAGUAUCUUUCCUUACUUUACUAAAUAGACCAUUGAGAAAAAGUAUAUGUUAAGUAAAACUUUUAGUAGCUAAUAAUGGAGUAAUUAGGAGUUUGAGCAAUAAAAUGAGUUCUAAGUCUUCUAUUGAUUUCAUUUCUUCUUCACUCUCCCUCCUGACUUCGUAACUAUUAAGAACCAUGGCUUCUUAUUUCCACUCUUGAAGUUAAAGGAGAAUAAGAAGUUAAAGGAGGAGCAUGUUCAACAGACCUAUUUAGGGAAUUCACAUUCUUAUGUUUCAACCUAAACUUACACUUUUCCUUCGGUUGACAAGCAGGAUUACUUCCUUUAUCCAUUUUGUACCACAAACCUGUGAGAUGGAUUAAUGUACCAAGUUGUACUACUAUUUUUUUUUUAAGAUUUGUAUUUAUUUAUUUAUUUGAUAAAGGGAGAGAGUGCAUGCACGACUUGGGCGGGGGGCUGGUGGGAGCAGAGGGAGAAGCAGACUCCUGGCUGAGCAGGGAGCCCCAGGACCCACCCCAGGGUCAUGACCUGAGCCACUGACUGAGCCACCCCUGGCGCCCCCAAGUUAUGCUACUUUUAUUAUUAUGUCCUCCUUUUAUAAAGCAGAACCUAGACAUAAAAUGACUUUUCACUGUGACAUUUACCUUUACUUCCUCUUUUAGAUGUCUUGGCAUCUCCCAAGCCAUUUAUUCAUUCCUGAAAACAUAAUCCUAAAUUUUUUAUAAUACUGCCACCAAGUGGUGGUGAUGCCCCAUUCUGCCAAACAUAGUUAUUUUGGUUGAGUGAAAAAUCCUAGUUGAUUAACGAAUUUUUCCAUUUCAUGUCACAAAUUUAACAGGAGACCUAAAAAUAUACAUUGCUAGUAUCUUUUUUUAAAGCAUGUUUUAAAUUAUUAUUAGCAGGAUAUCAUCUGAUACUUAUUCAUCCUCUUCAUUAUUUUUUUAGGAAAAGUAUAACUGUCUUCUUUCCUAUUAACCACUUUGCAAAUUGAAAGGUAUCUCAAUGCUAAGGAAAAUGUCUUUCUUUUGGCAAUAUUAGUUCAUAAGGCUACACCUAAGUAUUCUCAGCCAUUUUCUAAAACAGUUACUUAAAA